AUGGACACUCUCCACGACGUCGUGCCCCGCGUCAAAAUGGCAUCCCACUCGACGAUCCAGUGGAUCGACUCGAUGCCACUCCCCGUCAUCUUCCUCCUCUUCCUGGCCUGCUUCACACUGUUCCAGUACCCCCUCCCGCCUGCCGCACCCUUGUUACCUACGCACAAGGAGAUGCCGCUCGUCGAGGUGCAGUCGCCAGAGCCAGGACACUACGCCUACCUCGACCCCUUGAGCCGUCAGCUCAUCGUCUCGCAGACGCCGCUGCAGCCCACGAGCCCGCCCCGCCGGCCACGCCGCCCCUCCAAGCUCGCACUGCGUGCAUACCGCUCCCCACUGUGCCCGCUCGACGAGCUGCAUGAGGUCGAGUUUGAGCCGACCGUGCAUGAUGUCGAGUGUGCAAGCUAG